AUGCAAGCACCUGUGGUAUUUAUGAGUAUGUUAUCUCUUUUUGAAGCUCCAAUUGACAGGAGUCACCUUUUUGGGUCUAUCUGCCAAGUUUUUUUUUUGAGUGCCUCUAUAUUAACAUUUUCAAUAGACACGUCGACUGUUCGCCAGACCGGCCGUCAAGCUCAAAUUUCCAACAUCACUGCUGCCAAGGCAGUUGCAGAUAUUAUUCGUACAUGUCUUGGUCCUAAAGCGAUGCUGAAAAUGUUGCUGGAUCCAAUGGGAGGUAUUGUACUGACUAAUGAUGGUCAUGCAAUACUGAGAGAAAUCGAUGUUGCUCACCCUGCAGCUAAGUCUAUGAUUGAACUCAGUAGAACUCAAGAUGAGGAAGUUGGCGAUGGUACGACUACAGUGAUUAUCCUUGCUGCAGAGAUCCUUGCACAGACUUUCCCCUAUAUCGAGAAAAAUAUUCACCCAGUAGUUAUUAUCCAGGCUCUGAAGCAAGCACUGUCUGACGCCCUGGCAACCAUUGAAAGGGUAUCCAAACCGAUUGAUACCAACGAUGAGAAAUCUAUGGUAAAACUGAUAGCUGCUUCCAUUGGAACGAAGUAUGUGGCUCAGUGGUCAGAUCAUAUGUGCCAUUUGGCCCUGAAGGCAGUAACGACUGUUAAAGUGCUACAACCUGACGGGCGCUCUGAAAUUGAUAUCAAGCGCUACGCUAAGGUGGAAAAAAUUCCCGGAGGAGAAGUGUCUGACUCUUACGUUCUUGACGGAGUUAUGUUCAAUAAAGACGUUGUGCAUCCCAAGAUGCGAAGACGUAUCGAGAAUCCAAGAGUCUUACUAUUAGAUUCACCUUUGGAAUACAAGAAAGGGGAAUCUCAGACGAACAUUGAGAUCACCAAGGAAGAAGAUUGGGCUCGUAUUCUAGAAAUUGAAGAAGAACAGGUGCGCUUGAUGUGCGAACAGAUUUUAUCUCUGAAACCAGAUGUUGUUAUAACUGAGAAAGGUGUCUCUGAUUUAGCCCAACACUACUUAUUGAAAGGUGGCUGCAGUGCUCUUCGAAGACUCAAAAAAUCUGAUAAUAAUCGUGUUGCUCGAGUUACAGGAGCAACCAUUGUCAAUAGGCUAGAAGACUUGAAAGAGUCAGAUAUCGGUACUCGUUGUGGUCUUUUUUCUGUGGAUCUUAUCGGUGAUGAAUAUUAUGCUUCAAUGUCCCGAUGCAGAGAUCCUCAGGCAUGUACAGUUGUUUUGAGAGGUGCAUCAAAGGAUAUUUUGAACGAAGUUGAACGGAACUUGCAGGAUGCAAUGUCCGUAGCACGUAACGUUUUUUUGGAACCUCGCCUUGCUCCAGGUGGUGGUGCUACAGAGAUGGCAGUUUCUGUGGCUCUUGCUGAGCAUGCACGAUCUUUGGAGGGUGUUCAACAAUGGCCGUAUCAAGCAGUAGCAGAUGCCUUUGAAGUUAUUCCAAGAACUUUGAUACAGAAUUGCGGAGGCCACUCUAUCCGAGUUUUAUCACAACUACGUGCCAAACAUGCUACUGGUGAAUACAAUUGGGGUAUUGACGGAGAGCAAGGGAAGGUUGUUAACAUGGACGAAUAUGGCAUCUGGGAACCGGCAGCGAUCAAGUUACAAAGUGUUAAGACUGCAAUUGAAAGUGCUUGCUUGUUAUUGAGAGUAGAUGAUAUUGUAAGUGGAGUGAGGCGUCAACCUGAAUGA